AUGCGUUCCGCCAUCACCUUCAGCAUUGCUGCUCUCGCGAGCCUCGCCGCCGCCCAGGACACGCCCCAGCUCAACUACCCCUACACCAUCGACCCAGAUAGCGUCUCUUCCAGCGACCGAGACGCAUGGUGCCUCAACCAGAAAUCCCAAUGUCCUCUGAUCUGCCUGCAACAACCCGGCGUCACAUCCAUGACCACCAACGAGAACGAGUGCGACGCCGACACGCUCCAGUACAGCUGCGUGUGCGAGAACAACGUGGCCCCCAACGUCACCGAGUACAGCCAGACUCUGCCGUUCUACAUCUGCCAGCAGUGGGGAAACAACUGCGUCAAGAACUGUGGACUUGGCGCGAGUUCUUGUGCGGAUAAGUGCCGUGCCGACCACCCCUGCGGAGCCCAGUCCCCAUACAAGGGCAACUCCUCCAUCGCUACCAUGUCCACCGCCUCCGCCACCCCCUCGAGCACCAACAAGAUCCCUCUCACCGGCUUCGGCGGCGCCCAACAGACCGGCGCCAGCUCCUCCACCCAGGGCAGCGCUGCGGCAGGCGUCUUCGCGCCCAGCGCUGGCAUGACGCUCGCCGCUCUCUGCGGAAGCGUCUUCUUGGGCUUCGCUGUCUUGUUGUAG